AUGGUUUUGUAUGCAAAACUGUGGAUCACUCAAUCUCGAGACUCGCCACUUCUACGAAGGUUAUCCAGCGAGCAGAACGCCCCGCCACCCCGCUGGCCGGACGUCCCUCCUCGCCGCUACCCUGGUCUCGCAGAGCCUAGCCAGAGGACGCAGAGCUGCCCAGGUCCUGACCACCCCAGUUGGGCGGACACAUCUACCAGCCGGCGACCUCGACCAGGCAGCACCUCCGGACCACCCAGACCCCAGCUGACCCACGAGACACACUCCCCAAGUCCUGCCUGCGGAGUCGACAGGUUCCUCGUCUGGCGACCACUGACCAACCUGAGAGUGGCCCUUCACCCCAGCGAGAGGCCGAGCCUUCCCUGUGACCGACGCCAGCCCUCUUUGGGGAACCUGUCCACCACCUGCAGCUGCCCACCUCACCUGUCGUCCGUGCCGCCACCUCAAGACGUCACCCCUUCUUUUGCCCCACCUUCUAUCUGUGUUCAUCCCAUUUAAAUUAAAACACAUUAUCCAAAGUUAGAGUUGUAUA